UCUCUCUCUUUCUCGUCUGUGUGUGUGUGUGAAGAGAGAAAUUAAGAAAGAAAGAAUUUAUUCAGGAAGAAAAAGAGAAAGUCGCCUAACUUGAGAAGCUUCCAGGGAGGCACCCCUGUAAGAAAAUCACAGCCCACGCCUUACUAUUUUCUUUCUUUCUCUCUCUCUCUCUCUCUCUGUCUAGUCUCUCCCUUCCCAAGGUCAACAACAAGAGGAAUUUUACACUCUUUGAAACGUCCAUGGGGUAUCUAGUUUCGUUUUAGAGUCUUCUUGGUCAAACAGGAAUGCACCGACGACCGUCAUUGUAUAGAGAGCUGCCCCUUGCGUUUCUCUUCUCUCUCUCUCUCUCUCUCUUCUUUUGCAGCAUCAUCUCAACCCUCAACCCUAGAAAGCAUCAAACGAAAAAUCUAUCUUAAAAACAGGAAGUAGCCUUUGAUCCAGUGAGAGAAUCUGAAAUUGGUGGCUGUAAAACAUGGAUUUGGGGUCACAUAGAGAAGGGUUUUCCUCAGAAGAAGCUCAUGAGCAGAUGUUGAGAGGUAAGCUCCCUUUCUCCUUCUACUCCUCCUCCUCCUCCUCCUACGAAGCCGCUUCCGAUGGCAGCAGGCAGCUUCAUGACCUCAUGGACUUGUCCCCGAGAAACGAGGACGAAGAUGUCAGACGCGGAGACUCCCUGCAGGACGAUGGAAUCAACGUGAUGGAGAGAGAGCACAUGUUUGACAAAGUUGUGACUCCCAGCGAUGUGGGAAAACUCAAUCGCCUCGUCAUCCCCAAGCAGCACGCCGAGAAGUACUUCCCUUUGGACUCCUCCACCAACGAGAAAGGCUUGCUGUUGAACUUCGAGGACAGAAAUGGAAAGGCCUGGAGAUUCCGCUACUCUUACUGGAACAGCAGCCAGAGCUACGUUAUGACCAAAGGCUGGAGCCGCUUCGUCAAGGAGAAGAAGCUCGAUGCGGGGGAUAUCGUCUCGUUCCAGCGCGGUGUCGGCGAGCUCGGUCGAGAUCGUCUCUACAUUGAUUGGAGGCGCCGCCCAGACGCGCCGGACCCAAUGGCAUCGCUUCCGAAUCUUCCGCACCCUUACUUCUCCUUCCACCGCCCCAUCCCCUCGGCGUGGAGUAGUACUACUGCUGGUCCUAAUUUGCUAAUGCGGCCAAGGGACCAUUUGCACUUGUCGUCGCAUCAGCUGAAUAUGAACAACAACAGCAAUAGCAAUGUCAAUCUUCAUCAUCAUCAUCCUUACCGCAACAGCUACGGCAGUGCUGCUUACUGUAAUUAUAUGGUAAACCCUUCACUGAUUUACCUGAGAUCGGCGGCUCAACAGCAAGAACAACAACAAGUUCAGGUGCGGAGUAGGGGGGCUGAGCCGCCCGUGGUGUUCGGGUCGGUGCCGGUGGUACAAGGGAAAGUUGCAGCCAAGAGAUUGAGGCUUUUUGGGGUAAACAUGGACUGCCCCAUAUCAGAAUCCGAUGCAUGCGAUGUCAUAUUGUCGUCUACCUCAAUAGCUCCCCAUGCUACUAUGGCGGCGCUGCAGCCUUCCCAACUUUCUUCUCCGUCGCAAUCUGGUCACCAAUUGAGGCCCUACAACGGCACGCCGCUGCCAACCGUGCCCACCGACUUGCUGAAUAAAGGGAAGGCAUCCAAGUCCUUGGAUUUCAACAUCUAGCUAGAGAGAAAGCACCCAAAAGAUCCUUAACGACAAGAGUUGCUCCGCGACACAGCGUUCUGAUUGGCGUUCACUAGUUUGUUUCUUAAUGCUCAUGAAGACCCACAAAAAUGCACAAUGCCAGGAUUUUACACCAUUGGAUUUUAAUUCAGUUUGGUACAGAAGGCGGGUUUUGAAGAAGAAUUAGCUACCUAGCUAGCAUAAGCAAGAGGCCCUUGGAGAUAGAGAAGUCACACUGUCACUAUAUCCAAUUGUCUUCUUUUUAUUAACUUUGUAUAAAAAUAUUUAUGAUACAUGACCAAAAAAAAAAAAAAAACCCAUAUAUAUAGAUAAAUAUUAUAUAUAUAUUGGAUGAAGAGGUAGCUAGAUCAUCAUUGCCAGAGAUUUGUAGGGCCUUGUUUCCCCAAUAUGUAUCCUAUCCAUGGCUUAUCACUGAAAUAUUAUUUCCGAACGUCUUUUAUAUAUUCUCUUUCGCUACCAA